CGGACGUGGACGGGACGCCGCCUGAACUUCCAUCGAGUUCAUAGCACUGUGGCCACACUACAGGCUCUUCCUCUUCAGACACGACAUGCAUUAAUGUUUGAGUUUUUCCUUAAGGAAUACAGACAUCUGCAGGUUUACAGCUAUGGAAGAAGACUUAACAAUACCUCAUGAUUCUGCCAAAAACUGCCACAUAUCGGUAAGAGAAGAUGAAAAAGAGAAGGUGAAAGACUUUGUGUAUAAACAUUUCAGAGAAGUGACUGAUGGAUCACUCUUUAAUAAUGCAGAAGAAUCUUCCAUUAAGGAACAUGGGAGUUGCACCAAGAAAGACAAACUGUCUCUUAAUAAAGCCCAUUGUAAAAUUCAGCAGGGGGCUGUCUUUUCUGGAAAGAUUCUGAGUUUUGAAUGCUCAGUUUGUAAAGACAAUUCCACAUAUAGUCCCAAUGAUCUCCUCAAACACUUUCAAGCGGCUCAUAAAGGAACCCUUCCAACAUACCCUUGUGACCUGUGUGGUUUUGUCACAAACGAGUUCCCUGCUCUUCAACGCCAUCGGAUUGAGCACAGGAAUACUCUGGUUACAUGUGAGCUCUGCAAUGAUGAUGUUCAGUACUCUCUGCUAUUGCUUACCAGACACUACAUCAUGUGUCACAGUCUAAAUGGACAGUUUAAUUGUGACUGGUGUGAAUUUACAACUGUGGAUGCAGGUACAUUUGUCCAGCACAUCCAUCAUCAUAAUGAGAGUCCUUGGAAAUGUUCAAGAUGCAGACAUAUCAGUUUGAAUGAAGAGGAUCAUCAGAAGCAUAUGAAAGCUCACUCGGGUACAUUCCCCUUCAGUUGCCAGAUCUGUGGAUAUGGUUCAGCAAGAAGCGAGUACCUCAAAAAACACAUGGUAGCUGUUCACAAAGAGGAGGCUGAGAGAAGGAAUGUAUGGAAGGCCAUAGAAGACAACAGCACUCCAGCAAAUUUAAAACUUUGCCUACAAAGGAGUGGGGAAUCACAGGAGGCUCAAAGGAUAUCGAAACUGAACUGUUUUUCUGGGAGUUUACAAAACCAAAAUGGCAGGCUAAUCAAAUCGGAGAUAUCCUUAGAGGAGACCCACCACUUUGUGGAUGGGACUGUAGCAAAAAAAGACAACAAAAGUUGGAGUAAAGGCUCUCAUAACACAGAGCAGUCAAUGCCAGUAAUGUUACAGGAGUGCGACAACUCUCCAAGUUCUGAUGCUGCAGGUCAUACCAAUCCAAAUGGACUGACUGUUCUGAUGAUAAAGAACAAAAUCUCUCUUCCCCCCAACUGUACAACCAAAGUGAUGGGAUUCAAGAUGGUUGAUGGCAAGAAGCAUUUAGUUCUCAAAGUAAUACCAACAGCAAAGCAAGACUCGUCCACUCAGAACCAUUCCUCAGUUGAUGAUGUGCUCUCCUCAGCACCAAAUCCUGUGUUGGAUAAAAGUAAGGUUACUGUGGAGAAUGGGGAAUGCUCUGAUAGCAGGACCUCAACAUCACAUUGCUUUGCUGUUUCACCAAGAAGUGGAUCUUGCAUACAGAUGGAUCAAGACGAUAUUAUGGCAGUAAAAGUAAAGAUUGAGGAGGAAGAAACAUCUGUUUGCAACCUUGGUUCCAGCCCAAAUAGAGAUGAUGUUGGGGAAGAAACUGAUGCUGUACUGAGUAGGCCUACGACUUGUGCAGAUUCAUCACAUCAUAUGGCAAAUGAGUUUGAUAUUGUCUCAAGUCAAACAUCAUCCCCAGAGACAAGCAAGUGUGAUAGUAACUCAGUCUCUGCAACAUUUAACUCUGAUGCAACCAGCCAUUGUGGUUCUAAAGUCAGUAAUACUACAACAGUGUGUCCUGGUAAGGUCACUGGUUUAUAUUCGCCUUCAAAAGUUGCUCAGGACACAUUGCUUUCCAAACAACUCUCCAAAAACACUGUUGAAAACUGUGGAGCUGCUGAUGAGUUAUCAGUGAGUGAUACAAUAUCAGAAAAUCUCAUUGGCAAACACAAACGGAACUCUUCCUUUAACACUAUAGAAAAUGGUGACCAAUCUUCUCAGAAUACACCAGAAAAGGACAACCGUGAUAGGGUUAAAACUGAGAUUAAACAUAAAAAUGGCCAGCAAAAUUUUGAAAUGCUUUUGACAAAUCCAGUACCUCCAUUAGAGUCAUCCCCACCUACUUCUGGUUGCCGCAGAGAAAGUGCCAUUGGCUCAGAAAAUUGCACACAAAAUUCACCUAACCAAGAAGUAUUUACUUUUCACAAUUAUUCCAAGGAAACAUUCAGCACCUCACUUAACACUACCCAAAACUUUGACGAUCUGUGUGAACAUUCAGAAGACAAUAGAAGUAUUUGUGAAUCGUCACAAUUUAGCAUGACAUUGGCAGAGUCUCCAGAAUCAUUCACAGAAAGUGGAAAUGGAGAGGAGUUAGCUCUAGAAAAGAAUCAGGAGAGCAUGAAGAAAGUGUCAGAUGGUGAUAUUGAAGUUGAUGAGUGCAUAGUUGACGAUCCUCCCAUUGAGGAUGAAAAUCCUGAGUCAGUGCUCCAAGACUUUAAUAUUAUCAAAAUUGAGGAGGAGAGCGUUCCUAUAUCCAAAAAACAGUCAGAAACAAAAAAUAGUUCAACUUCUUUGGGUAGUUUUGUUGAGGAACACUCAGAUGCAAUCAUUACCCAACAACUUAGUAAGGAAAGAGUUGGCUCGUCUAGUGCAAGUAGCAAUUCUUUAAAACAAACAAAAACGACUCUACGAAUCCUUCAGUUACCAGAGGGUAAGCAGCAAGUGCUCCUGAGGACUAAUGAGAAUAGAUUUGCCAUGCCAGUGCAGGUCAAGGCCACUCCAGGUUUCAAACUGAUAACCAAUUCUGCAAAUCCUCAGAUCAAUGUAUCUUACAUGAAGCCAGGGUUAGAAAAAUCAAGUAACCCUACUGUAACCCUUACUCCAAACAGCAGAAGGAUAGGUGUUUCAGCACCAAAGGCAGGAGCUGCUGAAAAAGGGACAACACUUCUCUCUGCUGUUCAACCAGGUGUUAGUACCACCUCAAAUCACUACUUUAUCAACAGCCCGGGUUUUAAGGGUCCUGUACUCCUUUCAAGCACACCACAUAAUACACCUACAGACAAAACAGCAAAGACACAGCCAACUUGCUACUUAGUGCAGAGGUCUGUUCCAUUUGUUCAAAACCCCAGUACUCCUGGCCUCAGACUGGCAAGUACACAACUCCCACUGAACACACGGCCAGUUCUAGCUAUGCCCGUCAGCUCUUCAGACAAACCCAGCACUCUGCAGACUGGUCGACAGGCAUUCCUGCUCCGAUACAUUUCUCCAUCCAAAUCAGGACUAGUAUUGAACAACCAAGAUGCAAAGACUGUGACUCAGUGUAGCCAAACCAAUGAAAGUACUGGAAACAAGGUCAUAUUUAAAAUUGUCUCUCCCACUGGUAGCCUUCUAACAAGUGGUACCCCCACCUCAAGCAGUCAACCUUUGUUUUUGGCAACCAGACCUCAAACACAGUGUUUUCUGGUGUCAUCAAACAAAACUAGUUCAAAUACCUCCAAUGGAGUAAAGAAAUUGAUCACUAUACAAAAUGCUGCACAGAAAGAUGUCACCAAAUCUUGCAUUUCACCCUCUAAGGUGAAUGUAAAGAUACCACAGUGUGAAGGAGAGAAACCUAUCCUAGCCCCAAGGCCAAUUCGACCUCCAAGCCAAAGGAAAAGGCGCAGGAAAGCAUUGUUUGAUGAGCUUCCAGCAACGGUGCACAAAGCCAGAAGACUCACAAAUAAAGUACUGACUGAGAAAGAGACUGUGUUAUGGAAACCUGUAGCCAAAGAAGUUGAAAGGACAUUAAGACUUGCCCCUUUCAGUUCUCUACAGCAGGUCAAAUGCCCUCGUAGAUACCAACCUGUUGUGGUGCUCAAUCAUCCAGAUGCUGACAUUCCUGAAGUGGUCAAUAUCAUGAAGGUAGUUAACAGGUAUAAAGGUGCUGUUACUAAGGUCUCCCUGUCUCAGAAAACAGUUCAAGCACUCUCUGAGCUUGGUGCUCUGGGGAAGAUUUCCUUGACCAAAGGUGCAUCGUCUCAUAGCGAUGAUCCAAGACCUCGGCCAGUUAGGAGUUCUGUCCGAGAGCGAUUCCUCCUGAAACUGAAGUUAAGAAAAAAAAGCAAAAAAAAGUACGAAGUGGUGGAAACUUCAUCAGGUUGUAGACAAGAGCCUUUGGUGUUCGACUGCUGGUUUUGUGGUCGGCUCUUCAACAGCCAAGAAGACUGGAUUGGCCACGGCCAGCGGCACCUCAUGGAGGCAACUAGAGACUGGAAUAAACUGUUCUGAAAGUUUCACCUUUAAGUGGGUGGGUUGAUAUUCUGUCCUUUUGAGGUGGAACAAAUGGUUGAAGUUGUAUAUUUUUUAAUAACCUUUCACGAUAUGUUUGCUCAAUUUCUGUUCUUGUAAAUACACAUUCUUAAGUGAAUCAUAGUUUAUCUUUUCAUAGGUGCAUAUUCUGGUAAAUUAUGUACUGCAAGUAUGAUUUCUAUCAUGCACGCACAGGUCAAAUUGAACUGUGAAAAUGGUACACUGUAAUUAGGAGUUGUUUUAAGAGGACUAUCUUAAAAAAGUGGAUAAUGUCAGCAACGGUUGUAUGCAGAGUCGAUUUAAAUUACUCAGGUGAUUUCAUAUUAAUCUGGUUUGUCAUUUUUGCUCAUAAAUUUCAAAAGCGCAUAGGACUAGUUUAAGGGACUUUUCUAUGUUUUAUUAUCCUGCACAUGAGGACAGGUAACUCUAUUUGUAUAGCUUAACUCUACAGCUUGUAGACAAAUUCAGUUCUUUUGCGCUUGUGAUGAAAAAAAAACAUUCUGGUCCAAAUUUUUCCAUUUUGUAUGAUGUUUUAAUUGAAUGGGACAUAAUGUUACAUUAUUCUAUUGUCAGGAUUAGUUAACAGUUUCCUUGUCAGGAUUUUGUCAACCUGUAGCAUGCAUUUGUCAAGACUGGAGCUGACAUUUUUCAGAGUAAUGUCUUUAGUCUAACAAGUGUUGCAGAUAGACAGUUUUAUGAAAUACUUUUGCCGAAAAGAGAAAUUCUGUAUCUGUUAAACAGGCAUGUUGUCAUGGCUCUCUGUCAGUUCUUGAGAAAUGCAGAUCAGACCAUUUUACACCCUAUGCAGUUUUGAUGCAACAAGAUUUGUUUUUUUGUUGCUUGUGCACAUUUUGUGAAUCAUUUGAAUCCACGUUUGAUUUCUGAAUUUACAGAUAAAUCUUAAAGGCUCCAUUAAUUUGCGUUUGGAUUGUAAUUUUUUGUGAGUUACACUGUUAAUUCAUUAAAAAAAAGAUCCUGUUGCAGAAUAUUAACAUCAAGAGAAACUUAAUAUGAAAGUCACAAUACAAUUUGGCAUCCAAAUCCAAAAACAAGUUAAGAAAAUAGCUGCAUUCUUUUCACCGUUGAUAAUUGGUAUUGUAAAGAUCAAGUAAUUAUACCCUGUAUGUCAAUAAUAAGGUAUAUCGACAAUAGAUUAAUUAGGGUUAAAGCUAACAGUUAUUUUCACUUUUGAUGAAUCUGCAGAUUAACUUCUCUAUUAUCCCUCAACUAAUUAAGUGUCAGAAUAUAGUGAGAAAUACAAAAUCACUAUUUUUGCAUAGACCAGUGUGACGUCAUCACAUGUCUGUGUUUGCCCAACAGUCCAACACUCAAAGCUAUCUACUUUAUCAUCACAUUGUACAAAGAAAGGCGGUAAAUCAUCACAACGUAGAAUCUGGAAUGGGACAAAGUUUGCCAUUUUGCUCUGAAAAAUUACGAUUAAUCAAUGAUCACAUAUUGAUAACAUUAUUACAGAUGAACAGAUUAUUUUUCUGCCAAUCAACUGAUAGAUUAAUUGAGUAAUUGUUUCAGCUCUAGGUUAUCCAUGUUUCCAGUUGCUUUUAUUUAGCCUUUUUCUAAUCAAAGCUUCAUCAGUGAAAUGCUUCUGCAGAUGCUUCAUAUUAAACGCCUGUCGGAAAGUAAGCGAUUAUUCCCUGUAAACGGGAGGGCUUUUAAUAUGAAACAUCUUUGCAGGAAGUAUACAUUUUUAUCGACAGUAAUGUACAAGCAGCUGAUAUCAGAGUGACGAGUAUGACAUGACUGUCGUUCUGAUAGAAUUAAUGCUGUGGAAAUGUACAUUAUGGUGGUUGACUGGUCCAAAUCUGGCCAGCUAAUGCAACAAGAUCAGUAAUCAUGUUGAGCCCAGUGUUACUAUACCACACCCUACAAAAUAACUAAAUAUUAGCCACUCGGACCAUUAUCAAAGGACUAUGGGAAAUGGAAACAUGGUUUGCCGCUUGAACCUGCAUUACUGCUGCUAGUGCUGAAUAGAACAAGGACAAAGGUAGUUGUUAAGCUGGGAGAGGUUGGAUGGAUCACAAAUUCCAAAUCAUUUAGUCGAUAUACGAAAUGCAAUGGAGAACUUUUAAACUGUACAGAAUUGGAUUAUGGUGUAAAUAAAAAUGUGAAACAGCAUUUUUUUUUUUUUUUUUUUUUUUACAAACAUUUACUAUAGAACAAAGUAAACCCAGAGACCCCAGAUAAAAAGUCAUCUUCAUACAUUUUUUAAAAUUGUAUUUGGUUCAAUAAAAAUUGUCUUGUUACUAUGAAAUUAUUUCAGAAGUGAUUUAAUAGUUACUGUGAUGUUUUCUUUUUCUUUAGACACUUUAAGUGUAGUUAGAGCCCUGAAUGUAGCCCAUGUGUUUGGACCCUGCUUUAACUGUCACCUUUCUACUGCAUCACUGUUGUACUGUAAAUCUGCUCACUGUCAUCAAGUCCAGUAUGCUGUACAUACAUUUGUUUUAAUGUUACAUUUGGCAUACUUUUUCUAAAUGGGUUUCAAUGAUUGUGUUACAUGAUGGUUGAACCCUGGAAUGAAUGUUCGAUUCUGGUCAAUAUGCAAAAGUGAACAAUGCAAGCCAUGCUAGUAUAUUUUUAUUUUUAUUUUUAUUUUCCAUUCAACAAAACGUUUCUAAAAAGCCAGCCUCCAAUUACUGAAGUUCUGACCUCAGCAGGGUCCGCUUUUCACCAGCAUUUGCUAAAUGUUUAUUUCAGUCAGCUUCUUCAAUAAUAACAGGGCGUUUUGUACUACAUUAAGUUAAUUCACUGAAAUAAUUUCCUGUAAAGCUCCUUUAAAUGUGGCAUGAGCAGUAGCUACAUUCCACUGAUAAACAUAUGUGACUAACCAAUGAAACCAAACAUACAUUCAACUUCCAUUUGGUUCAGGGGGUGUUUUCACAAGCUGCUACUGAAGGAAUUGUUUAACAUUUUGGGAAUUAACCUUACACUCACUCAAUGAUUGAGUGUUGAGUUCAGAGCUGCAGUCAGGACGUGUUUAGCCUGGCUUAGCACGAAGACUGAGUAGUGGGAACAGCUAGCCUGGUUCUGUCCAAAGUUCAAAAAUACACCUGCAAACACAUCUAAAGCCCAGCAAUUAUGUUAUAUCUGGUUAUUUAAUCUGCAUAUAGAUGUAAAAAAUAAAGUUUGUGGUUUAGGUGGACUUAUUAGGUGGAAUUAUUUGUUGACCAACAGUUUAUUCACCCAGUACUUGGUGCUGUGUCUCCAGCUUCAGCGCAGGUUGUCAGAUACACUUAGUGAACACAGAUUUUAGUUUAGCUCUUCAUACAGGCACAGUGGCACCAUACCUGUCAGCCCGACCUAAAGACAAGGCUCAUGAAAGCUGCAGGACUGUUGUUUGUCCAGAAAUAAGAUAAAAACUUUAUUAAUCCCACACCGGGGAAAUUACAUUGUAACAUGCUGCAAACAACAAAAGAUAGACAUAGGAACAGAUCCAACAUGCAACUCCCUCUAAAACCACAAAUAUUUUUUUUUACAUUUCUAUUUGGUUCAGAUAAAACAAGCAAGAUUCAACAUGUUAACCGUAGAGCUUGAACCUAUGGCCUUUUUUCUGGACAGAGUGAGGCUAGUGGUUUCCCCCUGUUUCCAGCCCGUAUGCUAAGCUAGGCUAACUGUGACCUGACUACAUUAGCUUGAUUUUGAUUUUCUCAGCUCAUUCUCUGAAAGAAAUUGAAGCAUAUUUCCCAAAUUUGUUGACUUCUUUCAAUAAGUGCACAUUUGGAGUACAUGAUUCGGCCAGCUCACCAUUAGACCGAAUGAGAUCGAUAUCCAUCUUCUCGCCUCACUGUCAGACUGAAAGUGAUCAAGCUUGUAUCACAAAAUCUUAAGGUAUUCCUUUAAUCAAACCAGCCUAGCCAGCUGCAGCCAGCUCGGCCCCUUUUCCAAGACAAAGCAUUUAAAAUCUGCCUGCCUUUACAAUUCAAGGUAAAUGUGCAACUGAUGUCUUUACAUUUCUCUUUUAUAAGGGAAAAAUGAUCAUGACUUGACAUUCACCUGCAAAAUGUCUAACAUCACAACAGUAUUGGAACUUUGUUUCAAGGGUCUCCUACCCUAGAAAUGUGCAUGUGGUUAGUAUUUCUCUUUUCUUUUUGGAACAAAUUUCUUCAAAUCAAGGGCCCCAAUUUAAAAUACUGCUUACACAUACGCUAACUAGAUAUAAAGUGAUUAAAGGUUUUGUCAUUGCAAUCCUUAUGUUAAGGGAUAUCAAGUUUUUUGAUGAUUAUUUUUCUAAACUGAAACGUAACUCAUGUCUGCAUUAUAACAGACUACAUUGAAAUUCGGGAUAUGAUGAGUCAAAUCAUAAGUCUGAGAUAACUGAGUAUAUUUAAUGCUAUAAUUUAAUGACCACAUAUUAUGUUUGACCACUCUCUCUUUGAUUUUAUAACUCACCCUGCUCAUACAGACAGCCUGAGUUGAUCAGCCAAAUUAAAGCCAACACCAAAUGAACUGUUGUUUUAGAUGGGUUUAUGUUUGUUUCUUACUGAUCACAUGGUUUAAUGUACAUGGAAAUGAACAGUAUGACAGCAGCCCUGUUGUUUCCUCUUUUCUGCUUCCUCUUCACUGCUCUCAACCCAAAGAACUAUUUGGUUUCAUCAUGAAAUUUCAAAAACAAUUAUGUUGAUGGGGUUUCUAACAGCACAAUUGAGUUCUGCAGUGUGAUAAUUACAAACCACUUAUCUUAGGGGGAUGCACUCCUGGAUCAGCUUAUUUUGUCACAAUGAUCUUAAAAUUAAAAGUGAACAAUCACUGAAAUCCAUUUCAGUUUAUGCACAAAGACAGCUCCUACAGUCCAGCUCUGUGCUUCGCCCCUUCAGUUGUUAGGAUGAUGAUGCCCUACCACAAACUAGAUUGUAGCUUUCGACCCUCAAAUGCUGAGCUCAUGUGCAGUAUAAGUGUUUCUGUCCAACAGCUGUUCCAGUCUUCACUGAAUCUUUUGUCAUGCUAAGUGCCUCAAAUGUCCUUUGGCAGGUUGACAGUGUGUACUGUAUUAUUUUGUUCAGUGUAGUGGUGCACUCUCCUCUAAUAAAUGUACAUACCUUA